CCCCACAAACUACCCCCACAAAAUCUAAUUAAUACACACCACAUAUGUAAAACGCCCCAACUGAGCAGAACACCCACUAACAGAACACCCAACCGAAAGAACACCCACUAACAGAACAUCCAAUUAACCCAAUUAAUACUCUCCAAACAGAACACCCCCUAACAAGCUUCGAACACCCAUAGCAACCUAAUACACCCCAGGACAAACAACCAACCAAAACACCCAUUGUACAAAUCUUCUACUCCGGUCCAAACUCCACUCACCCACUGCAGAAGCUCCAUGUUAACAACCCGAACUCCGAGAUAUGUUCCUCCUGGUGCAGCCCAGCACACUGCUCUUACAGCUAAGUGGUUCCAUCCUUUAAAUACCUCUCUUUGUCCUUAAGCUCCAGCUCAAGAAUCUUCUCAACCACACCCUCUUCUUGCCCACAGAAAUUAAUUCCCAGCUCUUUUCCUAAUUUGACAGUGGCCUGCGCUUCCUUGAGAAGAUAGCUAUGCGUGCUUGAUUCCCCCUCGGACAGUUCAGAGUUUGCAAGGGCCACUGCUGCUGGCCUGAAAAUAACCGAUUUGGAGGGAAGCCUACCAUAAAGCUGCAGAUUAUAACAUAACAUAACAUAACAUAACCCUCGCUCGAAGUAGCCUCAAAACGCACCAUUCCUAUAAAGUAUGGGUAUCAACAACAACUACUUGAGAUUGAGAGGGGCAUUGUUUUUUAUUAUUGCAUUGGACUUUGCAAUCAGUGGUGGGGAUGCUCAAAAUUCAACAACUCUUGCUCCAACAAUCUUAACAUUUGGUGACCCUACAGUAGAUGUUGGGAACAAUGACCAUAUUCACACCAUUGUCAAAGCUAAUUUCCCACCUCAUGGCAAAGACUUCAUCAAUCAUAAACCAACUGGAAGGUUUUGCAAUGUCAAACUAGCCACUGAUAUCACCGCUGGGACAAGAAAUUUUGCACAUUGCUACCCUAGCUUUGCAGUCUUUGUGGGAGUUCUGUAUAAAGGAAAGUCGGCUGCUGGUGCUAUGGUAGAAUUUGUUGGAGCCCCAAUGUGUUGGAAUACACACACGUUUUCUGCAACUGCUGGUGGGGGUGCUUUUUGUAAUGGGCAAAAGAUUCAAAUGAGUCAUACCGAUAAGGGCAUAAGAAGGCUUGGUGCUGCUGCAGUGGAUAUGUGCCAUGUAGCUUUGGAAAUUGUAGAACCAUAUUUGGAAUAUCAUCUAAAACCAUGGGAUAUGGUUGCUCGUGUUUUGGUAAAGAUGUGGUGACCCCACCAAGCUAAGGGCAUAGAGAUGUUUGAAGAAGAGUAGUUUGACUCUUAUUUUGUUGUGAUAUUUGUUGUAAGCCAAGGGCUAAUGUGUUUGGGUCCGAGAGACCAUUAUAUGUAACCGGGCUAUUGCCUUGGAACUUGUAAGCCCUUGAGGGCCUUAUUUGUUGUAAGUUAAUGAUUUCUUUUGCAUGCUAUCGGUUCAUGUACUAGUUGUAAAUAAAUGUAUAAUGGCAUGUAAGGAUAUUUUGGUAACAUUUGGAACUAUGUAAAUGAUUACGG